ACACAACCAAGAGUUGCAAGCACACUAAACACAACUAGGUUUCUUUGUUAAAAUCAGCUCAUCACCUGUGUGCAAAGAUGGAGUACCAGGGACAGCAGGGUCAGGCGACCAACCGCGUCGACGAGUACGGCAACCCGGUCGCCGGACACGGUGGCGUCAUUGGAGGGCACGGCGGAGGCGCCGGCGCCGGCGGGCAUUUCCAGCCCAUGAGGGACGAGCACAAGACCGGCGGGAUCCUGCACCGCUCCGGCAGCUCCAGCUCCAGCUCGUCUGAGGAUGAUGGCAUGGGCGGGAGGAGGAAGAAGGGCAUCAAGGAGAAGAUCAAGGAGAAGCUGCCCGGUGGUGACCACCGUGAUCAGCAGCAGGCCACGGCGGCCGGUGGGACAUACGGACAGCAAGGGCACACUGGGAUGGCUGGCACCGGGGCCACGGGCGGCACCUACGGGCAGCAGGGACACACCGGAAUGACCGGCACGGGAGCGCACGGCACCGGCGAGAAGAAGGGCGUUAUGGACAAGAUCAAGGAGAAGCUGCCUGGCCAGCACUGAUGAGCUAGCCCCGCGGCCGUUACUUCUCAGAGUUGAGGUGCCAGUCGGCCAACCUGUGUAGAACAAUAAGAAUAAUAAGAUGUAAGCGAAACAAUAAAAUUUCCACGGAAGCAGGUGAGCUGGUUCACUUGCUCGGGUGUGUGUGUGGAAGCUAGUAUCCAGGGUCCCGUUUACAACCUGUACCUGUACGUAUUACUUUGGUUGAAUUCUGUAUGUAAUCGGAAAUCACAGUCUAAA